UCUUUCUCUCUCUCUCUCUAAGCUGAAUCGUGAUCAGCCGCCGAAUCCUGUGUUUCUUCCAUAUCGCAAAUCGGAAAUGGCAUCAACAGCGACAGGAGCCACGGGAUGGUACAGAGGAAGAGUGAAAGCUGUUCCUUCAGGUGAUUGCUUGGUCAUUGUGGCCAUGGCCACCGCUAAGCCUGGUCCCUUGCCUGAAAAGACUAUCACUUUAUCAUCUCUAAUGGCUCCUAGACUGGCACGUAGAGGUGGUGUAGACGAGCCGUUUGCGUGGGAAAGUAGAGAGUUUCUAAGGAAGCUCAGCAUAGGGAAGGAGGUGACCUUUAGGGUUGAUUACAACGUGCAGUCCAUAAAUCGUGACUUUGGCACUGUUUUUCUUGGGGAUAAGAAUGUUGCAAUGCUGGUUGCUUCUGGAGGAUGGGCGAAGGUAAGAGAGCAGGGACAACAGAAAGGAGAAGCGAGUCCAUACCUAGCAGAAUUGUUGCGACUGGAAGAACAAGCUAAACAAGAAGGCCAUGGUCGUUGGAGCAAGAUUCCUGGUGCUGCUGAGGCAUCGAUUAGAAGUCUACCACCAUCAGCCAUCGGUGACCCUAGCAACCUGGAUGCUAUGGGUUUAUUAGCCGCAAACAAGGGCAGGCCCAUGGAAGGAAUUGUUGAGCAGGUUCGUGAUGGCAGUACCCUGCGCGUCUAUUUGCUCCCAGAGUUUCAGUUUGUCCAAGUUUUUCUUGCCGGAAUUCAGGCCCCACAAAUGGGAAGGAGAGCUGCACCUGAAAGUGUUGUUGAACCAGAGGUGACAGCUGAUGAGACUAAUGGAGAUGUUCCUGGGGAAUCCCGAGCACCACUUACAUCUGCCCAAAGAGUCGCAGCUUCAGCAUCUGCUCAAACUGCUGCUGAUCCUUUUGCACCUGAAGCUAAAUUUUUCACUGAGAUGAGAGUAUUGAAUCGAGAUGUUCGAAUUGUCCUGGAAGGUGUUGAUAAGUUCAGCAAUUUGAUUGGGUCAAUGUAUUAUCCUGAUGGUGAAUCAGCAAAAGACCUGGCAUUGGAGCUCGUGGAAAAUGGUUUUGCCAAAUAUGUUGAAUGGAGUGCAAACAUGAUGGAAGAAGAGGCAAAGCGGAAGCUGAAGACUGCAGAGCUUCAGGCAAAGAAAAACAGGUUAAGGAUUUGGACUAACUAUGUACCACCACCUACAAAUUCAAAGGCAAUUCAUGAUCAGAAUUUCACAGGAAAGGUGGUUGAGGUUGUUAGUGGAGAUUGCGUCAUUGUAGCCGAUGAUUCGAUUCCUUAUGGCAGUCCGCUAGCGGAGAGGCGAGUCAACCUUUCAAGCAUUAGGUGUCCGAAAAUGGGUAAUCCUCGUAGGGAUGAAAAACCAGCUCCGUAUGCUCGUGAAGCAAAGGAGUUCUUGAGAACACGCCUCAUCGGUCGUCAAGUGAAUGUUCAAAUGGAGUAUUCUAGAAAGGUUGGUCCAGCAGAUGGAUCUGCAGCUCAAUCAGGAGCUGCUGAAGCUAGAGCAAUGGAUUUUGGAUCAGUAUUCUUACUGUCUGCUGCAAAGGCUGACGGAGAUGAUGCCCCUUCAUCUGUUCCACCUGCUGGAAGUCAGCAAACAGGGGCGAAUGUCGCUGAGUUAGUAGUUGGCCGUGGCUUUGGAACUGUCAUUAGACAUCGUGACUUUGAAGAAAGAUCAAAUUACUAUGACGCUCUUCUUGCUUCUGAAUCACGUGCCAUUUCUGGAAGGAAAGGGAUCCAUUCUGCCAAGGAUUCUCCAGUCAUGCAUAUAACUGACUUGACCAUUGCAUCAGCAAAGAAAGCCAAAGAUUUCUUGCCUUUCCUGCACCGCAGUAGAAAAAUUCCUGCUGUCGUGGAAUAUGUCCUCAGCGGUCAUCGUUUUAAAUUGUUAAUUCCAAAAGAAACUUGCAGCAUUGCUUUCUCAUUCUCUGGUGUCAGAUGUCCUGGUCGUGAUGAGCCAUAUUCUGAUGAAGCAAUUGCGAUAAUGAGGCGAAAGAUAAUGCAGAGAGAUGUUGAGAUUGAGGUGGAAACUGUUGAUAGAACCGGAACUUUUUUGGGGUCCUUGUGGGAGUCAAGGACUAAUGUGGCACUCACACUCCUUGAAGCUGGUCUUGCAAAACUUCAAACCUCCUUUGGCAGUGACAGAAUUCCUGAUUUUCACCUUCUGGAGCAAGCCGAGCAAUCUGCCAAGAAGCAAAAGCUGAAAAUAUGGGAGAAUUAUGUUGAAGGGGAGGAAGUAUCAACUGGUGCAACUGUCGAAAAAAAACAGCAAGAAGUGCUUAAGGUAAUGGUUACAGAAGUCUUGGGUGGUGGUAAAUUCUAUGUCCAGACCGUUGGUGAUCAAAAGAUUGCAUCCAUUCAACAACAGCUUGCAUUUUUGAACCUUCAAGAAGCUCCUCUGCUUGGAGCUUUCAAUCCUAAGAAGGGUGACACAGUCCUUUGUCAUUUCGGUGCAGAUAAAUCUUGGUACCGGGCAAUGAUAGUCAAUGGACCUCGGGGACCAGUUGAAUCUCCUGAGGACAGAUUUGAAGUAUUCUACAUUGAUUAUGGAAAUCAAGAAGAAGUACCUUACAGUCAGUUACGGCCUCUUGAUCCAUCUGUAUCUGCUGCUCCUGGUCUUGCACAAUUGUGCUGCCUUGCACACAUGAAGGUUCCAAACUUGGAAGAGGAUUUUGGCCAAGAGGCAGCUGAAUAUUUGAGUGAACUCACUUUAAACAGUGGAAAAGAGUUUAGGGCCAAGGUUGAGGAGAAAGAUACUUCAGGAGGAAAAGUGAAAGGGCAGGGAACUGGGACAGUUCUAGCCGUAACCCUUGUAGCUGUGGAUUCUGAGAUCAGUGUUAAUGCUGCCAUGCUACAGGAAGGACUUGCUAGGCUAGAAAAAAGAAACAAGUGGGACAGAAAAGAAAAGCAACUGGCUCUUGAUAAUUUGGAGAAAUUCCAGGGAGAAGCACGGACCAGUAGGCGUGGAAUGUGGCAGUAUGGAGAUAUCCAAUCAGAUGAUGAGGACACUGCUCCUUCUGCAAGAAAGCCUGGUGGCCGGAGGUGAGGGUAAUUUUAUGACUGGAGGUAAAUUAUACUAUAGACAUCUUCAGUGAGGCUAUAGGCAUGAAUAUUUUACUUCAAGUUAGAGAGGAAAAGAAAAUGCCGUGUGUAAUCCUUAGUAAGUUUUGUUUUGUUUACUUUUUCUUGUUUUAAAUUUUGUUUUUAGGUUCAGGGGACAAUUUUUUAUACAGAUGUUAAAAUAAUAGGUGCAUGCGGCAGGUUCUUUUCGUUUUUUUAAUAUCUUGGGGACUGCGGAGAUAUUGUUUUAUAAUUUAUUUUAUCAUAGCUGAGAAUUUUUUUGGUCGUUUUAUAUUUUAUAAGUUUGA